UCAAAAUUUUUAAUCUUUCAUACAGAUGUUUCUCAGUGCAUUAAUAGAUGUUGCGGGGCAUGCUAGGAAGGUGGAUGCUGCCUUUGAAAUCCUACGAGAAGCCAGGAAGCAAGGGAUACAUAUUGGAACAAUAUCAUAUAGCUCAUUGAUGGGAGCCUGUAGCAACGCAAAAAACUGGCAGAAGGCGCUGGAACUAUAUGAGGAUAUUAAGUCCAUUAAACUGAAACCAACAGUUUCAACAAUGAAUGCCUUGAUUACUACCCUGUGUGACGGGAAUCAACUGCAGAAGGCUCUGGAGGUUUUUCCUGAAAUGAAGAGGGUUGGCUUGCGCCCAAACACCAUCACAUACUCCAUCCUAUUAGUGGCAAGUGAAAAGAAGGAUGAUGUGGAUGUUGGCCUUAUGCUCCGUUCUCAAGCCAAAAAGGAUGGUGUCGCGCCUAACCUGGUUAUGUCCAGGUGUCUGAUAGCCAUGUGCUUUCGGAGAUUUGAGAAGGCUUGUAUGCAUGGUGAGCCUGUCUUGUCAUUCAACUCAGGACGGCCACAAAUUGAUAGUAAAUGGACAUCUUUGGCCUUGAUGGUCUACAGGGAAGCAAUUAUAGCUGGUGUUGUACCUACUAUGGAAGUAUUUUCACAACUCUUGGGUUGCUUGCAACUUCCUUGUGAUGCUUCCUUGAGAGAUAGACUAAUUGAGAAUCUGGGAGUAGAUACUGAUUCACCUAAAAGGUCAAACCUUUGUUCAUUGGUUGAAGGAUUUGGAGAAUAUGAUCCUCGAGCUUUCUCAUUAUUGGAGGAAGCUGCUUCUCUUGGAAUUGUACCAUCUGUAUCCUUCAACGAAAGUCCAAUUGUUGUUGAUGCAAGGAAAUUACCAAUUCAUACUGCUGAGGUAUACCUAUUGACAGUUUUGAAGGGUCUCAAGCAUCGGCUUGCUGCUGGUGCAAGGUUGCCUAAUACAACCAUAUUACUGCCUAUAGAGAAGACACAAAUUCAAUCUCCUAUGGUAAAGAAAACAAUUAACGUUGCAGGGAG